AUGUUCUCCUGUACCAAAGUGCAUGCUUUUGCUUAUACCCACGAGCUCAACUCCCAACCCGCCAGUACUUCCAAAACCACCCAGCCCACGACCCAUCGACACUGCACUCACAAUGCCCGACCAGACCAAGUUCAACAAGCUCGCCUCGACCCGUGUCUCAUCCUCGGCGGCUCCUCCGGCAUAGGUUACGCCGUCGCCGAAGGUGCAAUCGAGUCCAACGUUGCGUCCCUCAUCAUCUCUUCAAGCACCGAUCCGAAAGUCCAAGACGGCAUCUCCCGCCUUAGGGCAGCAUACCCAUCCAAGUCCACCCAGAUCACUGGGCACACAACUCAACUCAACGACUCCGAAAAUCUCGAAGCCAACAUCAUCGCCCUCCUCGAAUCCGCUACCGAAGGCCGCACUAAACUCCUCGACCAUGUCGUGCACACGGCUGGGGACUCCCUCAAACUGAGCCUAAUCAAGGACACUACCACAGCCGAUAUUAUCCAAGCCGGCAUGGUGCGCUACUUCAGUGUCUUCAUGCUCGCGAAGCAUCUACCCAAGUACGUGAAUCCGGGCGCGAAGAGCUCGCUUACUGUCACGACUGCCGUGAUCGCCGAGAAGCCCAACAGAGAGUGGACUGUAUAUGGAGGCUACUAUGCCGCGCUAUUUGGACUGGUCAAGGGUGCGGCAUUGGAGUUGGCGCCUCUUAGGGUUAAUAUGGUCAACCUCGGGUGGACUGACACCGAGCUCUGGUCUGGCAUGUCUGAUGAAAAACGCGAACAAACCCGGCAGUACAUGGCACAGCACCUUCUCGGCAAGCGCGUUCCCAAACCCGAGGAUGCAGCCGAGCAGUACCUGGCGUCCAUGCGUGAUGCGAACAGCACGGGCACAUUAUACGGAACGAACGGUGGUGAGCUGAUAAACAGGUGA